AUGUUUGUUAAGAGACAUGUCAAUAUUGUGAAGAGAAAUGCACCUAAGAUCCUUUUGAGAUAUUGUAAUAAAUCUUGUACUUUUGGAUGUUAGAGAUAAUGUUCUGAAUAACAUUCUCGUGAAUUAGAAAAAGAACAUUUUUGUAAUUGUCAUCAUUAAUGUGAUAAAUUAUGUAUCUUACCAGGAAUAUGUACAGUAAAAGAUAUGUGAAAAGAGUUAAAAUUUGGAAAUAGAAUGUUAUUUAGAAUCUGGUCACACAAAUCAGCAUCAUACAAUAUAUCAUUAUAUUAUAGAAAUCUAAUAAUCUUGUUUUAAUUGGAUGAGAAGGACGAUAAUAUAUAAUUUUGUAGACCUGAAGCAUGUGAUGAAUAUUGCAUAAGAUUAGGUAGAGGACAUAACCCUGCAAUUGAAUGUGCUGAUGAAUAUUUGUGUUAUAUAUUUAUAUUAUUAUUAGUUAUUAUAUAAAAUAUUCAAAUUUAUUAUGAUUAUCUAUAUCAAUAACAACUUAAUAGAUCUUUUAAAUAUUUUAAAGCAAUCCAUAUAUCAAAUAAUCUUGACCAUGUAUUAUGUAAAUAAUUCUGGGAAAUUCUGGGUUGGGACUAACCUGUUAGAGGAAUUAAAAAAUAGAGAUGA